AUGAAGGGAGGGGGUAGGGGGGGGGGGUUAGAUGGUGAGAGGAGAAGAGAAAUUGGUGAAGAUAAAAAGAAGAGAGGGAGGAUGAGGGUGAGUAGGAAGGGGAGGGGGAUGGAGGGAGGAAGGGGAGGAGAGGGAGGGGAGGAGAAUGGGGGUGAAGGAGAGGGGAGGUGGGAGGGAGGAAGGGAGGGAGGAGGAAAGUGGGUAGGGGGAGGAGGAGAAGGGGUAGAGGAGAUGGGAGGGAGAGUGGGGGGAAAAGGGAAGGAAUGUUAG